ACCCUGGUGCCAGACAGACCUCGAUAUGCCUUUACUACCUGCCCAUCUGAUUGCAUGCUAUCCUCAGUGCUGCUGGAAAUGUGCACAGCCUUACCUAUUUUGAAUGUGUAAUUUGAUCCAAACAUAUCGGGUUUCACUUGCAACCCAGUGCACAGCUCAUGAAUAAGAUAUUGUUCCUUUAGUGUCUUGUCUUUCCAAGUGAUCACAGAGUGGAGAGAGCUGCACUUCACGUUCAAGAGGGCCGAUCAGCUGUUGCACUCGUUUCUGCUCCAUCAUUAAGCUCGUAUCACUUCAGCAACUGUUGCCAUGGCUCCCGGAGGUCAUAGGCCACGGCGGCUGUCGACACAUCGAGUGUUCACCGCUUGAAGUGAACCGACCCUUUGCUUUCAAAGUCCCAUUGAAAGCUCGGCGGUGGAGUCCCGAACAGAGGGAUGACCAGCUGUAGUGCCAAUGAUGAGGCAGCAGAAAAGCCCACCAAGCACCAGAAGAAGAGCAGUAGAGGGGAGAAGCGUGUGUCCUUCCCCCCUGACGAACAGAUAGUCUCCGGCUUUGCCGAGCACAGGAGCGCGGACAGAAAGGUUGACAGCUGCCUCACCUUGACAGAGGUAAUGGUGGCCUACCAGCAGAGCUGCACCAGACACCGGGUCCAGCCUAGAGCGCACAUCCUGCAACAGCUCCAGCAGGGUGUGUGUGUAGGUGGCAGUGUGAAAUGUCUGGAUCUCAAAGGUGAGCGAUUAGACCACCGCUCCUGUGAAGCUCUGGAAGUCGUCCUGAAAUCGCUGCACUUUGAUUUCAUCAAUCUGCAGGCAGCCCAACUGGAAGAAAAUGGAGCAUCGUCCUUGCUGGAUAUGAUUUUGUACUAUGAAUCUACAACGCAUCUUGACAUUUCUGACAACAGCAGUAUGGGAACAUCGUGUUGGAGGGCCCUCGCUCAUUUGAUAAAGCAGAGUGUGCGUCUGUGCAGACUGGAUGUGUGUAAUGUGCCCUUGGUUGACUACCCGGCCCAGUCUCUAUCUAAAGCUCUGCUGACCAGCCGGCUCACAGUGCUGCACCUUCACAAUGCCCAGCUCAGCGGCAUGCCACUAUACACACUGGUUGGUGCACUGAAGUCAAACAAGGCUUUGCAAGAGCUCCAUCUUACCAACAACCUGCUGAACAGCUACCAGGACGCCCUGCAGCUAGGAGACCUGCUACGCUACAACACCACUUUAGAGACACUGGAGCUCAGCUACAAUGCAGUAGCAGAUGCCGGUUUGGAGGAGCUGUGUGAUGGUCUGAGGCGGCAGACGGCAGGUCUGAAGGUCUUACUGCUGAGGAACAACCAGAUCACUGCAAAUGGCAUGGUCCAUCUGGCCGAGGCUCUGCCAGUGUUGAAGGUCCUGCAGGUCCUGGAUUUGGGUGAGAACCUCCUGGGAAACGAGGGGAUCCAGGUCAUCAGGGAGCCUCUGAUGGUGAACUGCUCAGUGCUGCAGCUCAGCCUGGCCCAAGCCAACAUCACCUGUGAAGGUGCUGUGGCGUUGGCAGAGUUCCUCGCAGAGAGUCGUCAGAUUCAGCGGCUGGACCUCCGUCAGAAUGAGGUGAAGGUUGGAGGCCUGAUGGCCUUGUGUCUGGCCCUGAGGAUCAACCACUCUCUUGCUAGCCUGGAUUUGGACCACAUACCCCCACAGGAGCAAGAUGAGUUUCUGAUGGAGACUCAGACAAGGCUUCAGUCAGAGAUCACUCAGCACUGCCUCGCCAAUGCCAGCCGCUCCCACCUGGCCACGGAAACCUCUGAGACGUUACCCGCCGAGGCCGAUGAAUGAGCUGACAGCGUGACCACAGCCUGAGCUCUGAACACACAGCACACAGAGGAGGGGAAAUGGUUAACCUUGUACAGAUCACCUCAGAAACCACUCAGGGAUUCAGUCACACAGACUCCCAGUGUCCCAAACCUAAAGAGCUGACUAGCAGAUAUAUGCGAAUUAUAAUUCUAUCGCAAAUAAUGAUAACUAUAAAACUCCAAAUCCCGGUAAUAAAGGCGGAGCAGAGCUCCCUAAUGAAAGGCCGCCUCCCUGCUGCUUCCCACCUAAUGUUCCUGCCGAGCUGCUCGCCACUUUCCAUAAAGCAAUUUUGCAAGCCCACUUCAAACGUGAAUCACCUAGAAUUGAAGAGAACUGCCCUCCUCACACCCCACCCUUCUGAACUCCCCACCAUCACCUCCUCCCCUUUCUAGAACACUCACACUAGAGCUGUGUGUGUGUGUGUGUGUGUGUCUUAGUCGCAAAUCCCUGUUUGCUUGUGUUCCAUCAUCACUUAAUGUCCACAGUGAUGCAUUGCGGGACACUCCUCAGAGGUGUGUGUGGGUGUAUUUGUGCAUGUGCGUGUGUGUGUAUAGGGAUGUAGCAUCAUUACUCUGACAUUGGUAGCAGCCAUGGACUCAGCCAAGUUCCAUCUGCAUUAAUCAGCUGAGAAGCACAGGCAGGCAGACAUUCAACAGCAAUACAAUGUGAAACAACUGAGCACAGUGCAUACAGCUACAGUAAACAGGUGUGGAAGUGUCUGUCAGGAGGUCUGCAUGGUUGCACAAACUCCUGUAAAAGCAGAAGAAAAAGCUGGGUUGCCUGCAGGUGCUGGGCCCACACAGGAUGCUUUAUGGGCUGUUUUCAGUUAUUUUCAAUGAUUUGGUGCUUAAUGUUAUCCAUCUAUGCUCCAAGUGGCUGAUACCAGGGCAAACUUGUCAUCCUGCAAACGCACACGUCAGGUCUCUUUUUUUAUUGAACCGCAGGAAUCUCAUUAUCUCCUUGAAGCGAUUUCUGGCCAUGGUUUCCAUGAAUAACGUAAAGCCCCAUUUUUCCGACCAAAGGCUGUCCAACUCCAUGUUUUUUGCUCCCUGUGUUCCACGGAUAUAUAACAGGGCUACGAAGGCUUUCAGUUCAGCCACUGUCAGGUCAUGAGCUGUCACCACGGUGCUGAUGUGCCUCAGCCACAGUGCAGUCCCUGAUGUGUUUCAGCAUGCCAUCGUCAAACACACACAAGAAGGCUGUGAGCGCCUCUCCAAUGUUGCGCUUUGUGUGUGCUGUGGGGCCAGCACAAUAGAACAAUAGAAUAGCGCGAAAUUCACUGCUGUCAAUAUGACCAUGUAUGGCCGAAAUAGGUAAAAAUUAUCAUAUUUUCGUUGCCUUUUGUGUAAUUUAUAUAAAACCUAUUGUAAAUAAAAAAUACAAACACUUUUAGGAAAAGUCAGGUACCAGCAAGAUUGUAUUUUUUUAUUCAACAAAGUUAUUGCACAUAUAAAUUUCAAAACGGUCAAAAUGACCAUCGUGGCUGUUCUAGUGUUAAAGUUCAUCCCUUCCCACAAGGAAAUAUCAAGUUAAGCAAAGCAGGGAGUGGGAAGUGACAAUAAUAAUACUGUAACUUUGACCCUAGGGAACAGUAGACUCAAAGCCUACAGGUGGACGCUGGGGUGGAAAUUCUAUAUGAAGCGCAGUAGCAAGUGACAGUUAGAUUUCAGGUGAGUGGUAUGCCAGCAGAUAUGCCGCAAAAGAGCGAGCACUGGUGGCUAAAGUACACCACCAAGAGUAUUCCAUGUGGGUGUGACAGCUCAAGUUGACUUACCUUAACUAGCUCACCAGCUUCACUUCAUUAUUAUCAAAGUACUAUUUUUAUUAUUAUUAUAGUUGAACAAACUGUAUAACAGUUUGGCUCUUGUCUUCCACCAGGCCUACGGUCUGGCAGACAGGCACCGGUGAGCCAGUAGCAUGUUGCUGAAUCCACAUGAAAAUGGGAAAAUACAAGUGGUCUGAUUUAAAUUAGUAACCAAGAAACAUCUGUCAGCUGUCAAGUAUGGUAUUAAGGUAAUGGGAACAGGAACUUAACGGUUCCAAAAAAAUGGAAAUUGAUGCACACAGUGAAUAUAAAACAAAAAAGACAUUGUUUACACAGUAGGCGUAGCAAGAGCAGCACAUUAGCAGAGCAGCAACGGCUUUAGUCUUCUGUGUCUACACAGGAUUUGUUCAGGCACAGUAUUGAGUGUAGGUCAUCCACGUUUUGAUCCACGGUGACAAAUUUUUAUCAAGGAUCAGACAGCAUCAAUCAUUAAACAAAAUAGGAUAAAACUUUUUUUAAUGAAAGACCAUAAUACGUGCAGUAGAGG